UCGCUGUCAGAGGAAAAAAAUCGUAUCCUAUAUUACGUCUAGUUCUUUUUUAUAUCAAUAUAAUCUUAAGUGCGAUAUCAAUCGAGUGAUAACUUACGAAUUUCAACUGACGUCACAGCUGCUUUUAAAACGGAUUUAUUUGAAUCAAUUUUUACUUUUGUUCGGUAAAGGUGUUAUAAUACUCUAGUGGAAUUUUCACGCAUGCUUUUAGAUAGUCUGCAGUGGUGCAGUCGAUCGUUUUAUUGAUUCUUUAAAGUGGACUGUAACAUUAACAUCAAGAUGUUGGAUCACGCGGAAGAUAUGUCACCCAGAGAAAUGACUAAAACGUUUAAAUUGGAUUUAACUGAUAAUUAUCAUCGGUAUUUAAGAAUAGCAGCUGAUGAAAACGACGAUAAAUACUCUUUUAAUGAGCCUCCAGAAGUCAAAGGAUAUGAUGCAACUCCUGAUAGUGGUGUUCAUGAUUUAUCAUCUAUGUACCCAGAGCAGAGAGCUAAAUUAGAGGAAGAAUUAAAAAAUGAAUUGGCCAAAACAGAAGAUGAAAUAGUAACCUUAAGACAAGUAUUAUCAGAUAGAGUAAGACAUGCUCAAGAAUUAAAACGUAAAUUGGGUAUAACUCCAUGGAAAGAAUUUAAGGAUGAUAUGGAACAAGGCUUUCGCAAUAUUCAAGAAUCUUCGGCGUAUAAGGAAGUUGGUACCAAGUUGACUGAGUGGAACAGUGCUGUUGUCAGCGCUCCUAUCUUGCCAGGAAUCUUCAGCUCUACAGCUUAUCAGAAGACUAGUUCAACAUUAAAAACUGCAGGAGAGAAAACUACAACAGCUAUAGGAACUAUCAGUGCAAGUGUUACAAAGAAGUUAAGUGAAGUCAAAAAUUCAACUGCAUUCAAAUCUUUUGAAGAAAAAGUUGGAUCUGCAUAUUCUAAUGUUAAGACUAAAAUGGCUGGAUCUCGCAGUAAUAGUGUGAAUAGCUUUGAAGAAGCAUUGAGUAAUGCUGAGGGAAGGUCUUCAAAGGUAGCAUCUCCUGCAACAACUCCAGUCAUUCCAGAAGGAAAACCACUAUCCUAAACUUUCCAUUUUGGCAGAUGUUAUCCAUAGAAAAAAAAAAAUUGAUAUUUACUAGUAAUCAUGUUUCAAGCAUGUAUAUAUAUAAAAGAAGUGGCAAAAAAAUGUAAACUUGAUUUUUUGCUUCAUUUCUAAUAAAUAAAUUUCCUUUUCUAUUUAUUAAAAUUUUAUUCUAAUUCCUGUAAAAAUCUUAUCAAAUUUAUAUUAAUUUUUAAAUAAUUAAUUUUUCAUGGUAUCCAUUCAUUAGGUCACAGAAUCAUAAAAUGCAUAUAAACAAUGUUUGUUGAACUUCUUUCCAUGUAUACACUCUGAGAGUGCAAGCAAAAAAAAAAAAAAACUUUGCAAUUAGAAUAUUUAAUCUGUUUCUAAAACUUACCUUUUGUGAUCUUUGAAAAAUAAAUUCAUAUAUAUUUCUAUUUUAUGCAUUUUUCUUUAUUUCUGCUGCUGUUAAUUAAAAUUCAUAUUUUGAAAAAUUUCUUCUUUUUCAUAAUUUUAAUAAUUCAUAUAUUACUAAUAUGGUUAAGGAAGGUAGUGGCUGUAUAAUAUAUGUCAAAUGUAUAUUUUGUUGUUUAAAUUAUUGGACAAUUAUUAGUCAAAAAAUAUAAUUAAACAGUUGUAAAGGAAUUUAUCUUUGUGAUUAUCAUCAGUACUUACCAACUUUAAUGUAAAAGAUAAUAAACCAAUUUCAUUCUGAAAA